UAUUUAUGUGGGUAUGUCUGUCAUGUGUGUAGGUGCCCUCAGAGGCCAGAAGAGGCUGUUGAAUCUUUUGGAGCUGGAGUUAUGGGAAGGUGAGCUGCCAUGUGGGUGCUGGGAACUGAACUUGGGUCGUCCGGGUAGAGAGCAAGCAUUUUUAACCAAUGAGCCAGCUCUUUAACACUCUCUCCCCCAUCCCCACUCUUUGAGAGACCUCACUAUAUAGCCCAGGCUAUCUUAGAAUUAACUGUGUAGACCAGGCUGGCCUUGGAAUCACAGAUCUUCCACUGUGCCUCCUGAGUGCUGGGAUCAGCUGGGUUUUUUGGCUUUCUUGAGAUGGCAUCUCUAUCACAGUCUAGCCUCACAAUCACUGUGGCUUGGAAGCUCACCCAGAACUCUUUACCUUUCUGCCUCCACUUCCUGUGUGCUGGGUUAGAGAUGAACAUCCGCACUUGACCUUAGCCUGCCCUCUGAUAGGCUUGUCUUUUACUAGUUGAGCUCAUAAAAGUUCUUUAUAAAUUUCAGAUACAAUUUAUCUUCUCAUAUUUUUCCAGUUCCUCAAAAUUUGUUUAAUAAUAGGUUCCAUCCCAUUUAUGAACGUAACUGUUUCCCAGUGUGUGGUUCAGUGUGCAUUCAUAGCGCAUGUCUCCAGAAGGAAGCUCUAGGCUAGCCUUACCAGACAGCCCCUCGGCUUCCCAGUUUCUGGCAGCCUACCUUCUAUUGUAGACAGGAGGAGUUCUCUGAAUCUGUCUGUUCUGUAUUCAGGCGCCUUGUACAGUGGCUUGUAGUGGUGCCCUCCUCAGUUCUUUGCUCAUUUGUGUGGUUGCAUGUCGAGAUUUCCUUUUGUCAGUCUGUGCAUGUGUGUGCGUGUGUGUGUGUGUGUGUGUGUGUGUGUGUGUGUGUGUGAUAGUAUCAUGUAGCCCAGCCUACCUGGAACUUUUUUUUUUCAUUUUUUAUGUGUAUUUGUGCAUCAUGUGCACACAGUGUCCUUGGAGGUCGGAAGAGGGUGUUGCAUCCCCUGGAACUGGAGUUUCUGACUGUUGUGAGCUGCCAUGUGGGUGCUGGGGAUGGAAUAUGGGUCCUCUGGAGGAACAGCCAGUGCUCUUAUCCACUGGGCCAUCUCUCGGUUGUUGGCCUUUCUGUCAAGUGCUUUUCCCUGCUCAGCCUCUGAAGGGCUGGUCUCCCUUUCUGCACCUUCCCCAGUGCUGGGGCUAUAGGCAUGUGCCACUAUGCCUGGCAUAUGCAGUGCUUGUAAUCAUGUAACGUGGGCAAGGGUCACCACUCUAGAGGUCGUGGGACCUGGGAGAACGGAAUUGAUAAGUGAAGAGGACUAAGGUCUCAUGCAGUUGCUGGCUUUACUCAGCACCUCAGAAAAGGUCAUACAAGCAAAGUUCUCAUGAGUCCAGGCUGAAUACAGUCAUAAAGACAAGUCCACACAUGGCAAAACCAUGUUUUCCUGUGGAGCCAUAUAAGGACAGUGUAAACCUUUAACUGAAAAACAACAGCAAGUGAUACUGGGUAAUCUGAAGGAAACUGCCAUCCACUGCAAACAAGUCUAUGCUUUGAAGAAGCUGAGGUCACAAGACUCUUGCUUUGAUUUCCCGGAGUGUUCUUACAGAAUUCUCACAUCUCCAUUCCUGCACAGUGCUCUGACAGGCAAGGACCCCACCAACUGCCCCGUGUCCUCACCCUUUAAAAGGAUCAUGCGUCCAGAUGAUGCCAAUGUGGCUGGCAAUGUUCAUGGAGGGACCAUUCUGAAGAUGAUUGAGGAGGCCGGGGCCAUCAUCAGCACGCGGCACUGUAACAGCCAGAAUGGGGAGCGCUGUGUGGCUGCCCUGGCACGGGUGGAGCGCACUGACUUCCUGUCACCCAUGUGCAUCGGCGAGGUGGCUCAUGUCAGUGCAGAGAUCACCUACACUUCCAAGCACUCUGUGGAGGUCCAGGUCCACGUGAUGUCGGAGAACAUCCUCACAGGUACCAAAAAGCUGACCAAUAAAGCCACCUUGUGGUAUGUGCCCCUGUCAUUGAAGAAUGUGGACAAGGUCCUUGAGGUGCCUCCCAUUGUGUAUUUACGGCAGGAGCAGGAGGAGGAGGGUCGGAAACGCUAUGAAGCCCAGAAGCUGGAACGCAUGGAGACCAAGUGGAGGAACGGAGACAUUGUCCAGCCUGUCCUGAACCCAGAGCCGAACACGGUGAGCUACAGCCAGUCCAGCCUGAUCCACCUGGUGGGGCCCUCGGACUGCACCCUUCAUGGCUUCGUGCACGGAGGUGUCACCAUGAAGCUCAUGGAUGAGGUGGCUGGGAUUGUGGCUGCACGCCACUGCAAGACCAACAUAGUAACUGCCUCUGUGGAUGCCAUCAAUUUCCACGACAAGAUCCGGAAAGGCUGUGUCAUCACCAUCUCCGGACGCAUGACCUUCACAAGCAAUAAGUCCAUGGAGAUUGAGGUCCUGGUGGACGCUGACCCUGUGGUGGACAACUCACAAAAGCGCUACCGGGCCGCCAGUGCCUUCUUCACCUACGUGUCCCUGAACCAGGAGGGCAAGCCAAUGCCUGUGCCUCAGCUUGUGCCAGAGACGGAGGAUGAGAAGAAGCGCUUCGAAGAAGGCAAAGGCCGUUAUCUGCAGAUGAAGGCGAAGCGACAGGGCCACACAGAGCCUCAGCCCUAGGUGUCUUCCUCCUGUCCCGGGUCAGCACAGUUGUGGCAAUAGCCCAGUAUGCAGUCACUUAGAAAUUGCCCCCUUGGCCAAACCCCCGAUUUCCACUGAGAGCUGGUGUUGUGUGAAGUGUUGAGUGGCAGUGUUCCCUAUGGCCCAUCCCCAAAACCUGUGCACCAAAGCUUUAUUUAUGUCCCCAGUGUUGUCCCAAAGGCCACCAUGGACACCAGAGCACACCGACUGGCCUGAAGAAGCCAGCAUCACUAAUAAAGCUGCUGUCUGGCUGGACCCAU